UUCUGCCAGGGGGGGCCUCCUACCUUCGCAGGCGGCUGUCGCCCUUGCUUCAUUGUGCCCGGUGGGCGCAUGGACCGUCCACGUCGAUGGCCGCUAGCCUGAGGAGUUCCCCUUACUCCUCCCCUUCCAGCUCGACCGACACAGACGACGAGGGCGUGCGCGGCACCUGUGAAGAUGCUUCCAUCUGCAAGAGGUUUGCAGUAAGCAUCGGCUACUGGCAUGACCCUUACAUCCAGCAUUUUGUGAGACUGAGUAAAGAGAGGAAGGCCCCCGAAAUUAACAGAGGAUAUUUUGCUCGAGUCCAUGGUGUCAGUCAGCUCAUCAAGGCAUUUCUCCAGAAGACAGAAUGUCACUGUCAAAUUCUAAAUCUUGGGGCUGGGAUGGAUACCACAUUCUGGACAUUAAAGGAUGCAGAUCUUCUCCCAAGGAAAUAUUUUGAAGUCGACUUUCCAAUGAUAGUCACAAGAAAGCUGCAUAGCAUCAAAUUCAAGCCUCUUCUGUCAAAUCCCAUUAUAGAAUUACAUUCAGAGGACACACUUCAAAUGGAUGGGCACACAUUGGAUUCAAAGAGAUAUGCCAUUAUUGGAGCAGAUCUUCGAGAUAUACCAGAACUGGAGGAGAAACUAAAGAAAUGUAACAUGAGUACACAAUUGCCAACACUCCUGAUAACUGAAUGUGUGCUUGUAUACAUGACCCCGGAGCAGUCAGCAAACCUUAUCAAGUGGGCAGCCAACAGUUUUGAAACUGCCAUGUUCAUAAACUACGAACAGGUGAACAUGGACGACCGGUUUGGGCAGAUCAUGAUUGAAAACCUGCGUAGACGGCAGUGUGACCUGGCGGGUGUGGAAACCUGCAAGUCCUUGGAGUCCCAGAAAGAACGACUCCUGUCAAAUGGGUGGGAAACGGCAUCGGCAGUGGACAUGAUGGAAUUGUACAGCAGAUUACCGCGGAGUGAAGUGAGCAGGAUUGAGUCGCUGGAGUUCCUAGACGAGAUGGAGCUUCUCGAGCAGCUCAUGCAGCAUUAUUGCCUUUGCUGGGCAACCAAAGGAGGAAGCGAACUAGGGCUGAAGGAGAUAACUUACUAAUCUGCCGAAGGCCACUGCUGAGCCAGAAGCUGAAGCCGCCAGCCCUCCUGGAAUUGACAGACCCAGUUUCCUGAGCAGUGGCUGGGCCUGGUUGAUGCUUCACGCGCACUCUGGGACCCGCCUCGGCGGUCUUCCUGUUGACCUGUCGUUGUUGAAAUAAAUCUCAGUUGCCAAUUGUC